UCCGCCCCGCGCAUGCGCAGCAGGACGCGCUGCCGGCGCUCCCCCCCCGCGCAGGCGCUGUGCGCAGACAAGAUGGCAGCGCCCGUGGACCUGGAGCUGAAGAAGGCUUUCACGGAGCUGCAGGCGAAGGUGAUAGACACGCAGCAGAAGGUGAAGCUGGCCGACAUCCAGAUCGAGCAGCUCACCAAGACGAAGAAGCACGCACACCUCACCGACACUGAGGUCAUGAUGCUGGUGGACGAGACCCGCAUGUACGAGGGCGUGGGGCGGAUGUUUAUCCUUCAGUCUAAAGGAGUGAUUCAUAAUCAGCUCUUAGAAAAACAGAGAAUAGCCGAAGAGAAAAUUAAGGAAUUGGAGGCAGUUCUUUCACAUGAGCAUGGGAGACUGAAAGUUCACUGCUGCAGAGAUAAAGGUGAACUUCUUUGCUCUUGUUCAUGGUGGAGAAAUGAACACUGCUCGCAAGCACUGCUGUGCUUUGUGUUCAGAGGCUUGGAUGGUGUUGCAGAUCUUCUUUCUGGUAAAGUUAAAAAGUGAUUGCAUUACAGUGAGCAGACAUCAAAGUUAACAACAAACCUCUUCCCUUGUGCUGCCUGGAGUCAAACAUGCUCAUGCUGUGGCUUCCAUUUCUCUAAUCUUAUUUCUCUGGGAGCUUUGCUGGAGCCCCGAGGCAUAAUGGUGUUGCCCCCUUCUCGAUGAGUGUGCCAGGAUGUCUCUGGUUGGGUUGGCACUACAGUGUUUUCAUACCCUGAGGGAACAGUUUUAAGCAGGAGAGGUGUGGCUGGAGAGGAGUGCUGGAGCAUGGGAGUUGAUAUUCUCUGGGCAGGUAUGGAUGGAGCAGCUCAGCAUGGCCCUGCGCCCCUGGCGUGCUCUCUGGCUUUUACCCUGAAACUAUGCAUAGAGGCUGAUUCUGAGGGUGCCUUAACCAUGUGAAAACAAGUCUCUUGAGAUUUGUGGUGCACUUUGCAGACCACUCGGCAACCAGAAGAAGAUAGCAAUUGUUUGGCAGUUCCCAAGUUAGACCGAUUUUUGUCUGCGAUUUACAGUGUAGAAGCUCUCAUCCCAUGGUUUACUCGGGAUAGGCCAGUGCCCAGGAAUGUGUGGUGGGCUUUUUAAAUAAACAGGGGAAAAUAA